AUGUGCUGCUUCGGUCGCAAGCGCUCUGCGACUAUCAAAGACAGACCACGGACCGCGUCGUCCACCGCAGACUGCAAUGUGCGCCUCGAUACCCCGAGAUCUGGCCAGCCCAAUCCCUCCUUCUCGACUGAAUCGCACCUCACCGACACGCCGGAGCAAAUCAUAGAGCGGGUGGGCGGCCGGCUCGUCAUCCCAUACCCCGAACAGGACGGCUGGCACGAAGGGCUGAAUUGGCGCGACAAACGAGACACUGAGGAUCUGGUGACUCCCGACUACCAGAGGGACCUGGGGGCGGACUGGGACAAGGAGUAUGAGGCCCUGGCUGGAUACAGAGAGCCGGAACGGCAGCCAUCAGGCGGCAAGAAGACGGCGCCGGCGGACAGCUUUGCGACGCUCAACCCGCCCGGACGCGCUGAAGGGAGUCAGGGUGUCCGGCUAGAGGCAACAGUGAGAUCUCUCGUCCCCUCUUGA